ACAAGAAACUUUUGAUGAAAUUGCCAUUCACUCUACUAUAUUACAAACAUGGCUGCCAUUUGUUUAAUUUUAAUUGCAAUUGCAUUUUUACCUGCUAAUAAUCUAGCCUGUAAGGCUCCCGAUAUAAAUGAAACAAAAAAAGAUUGGUGGCAAACUGCUCAAUUUUAUCAAAUCUAUCCUCGAUCUUUUAUGGAUUCCAAUGGCGAUGGAAUUGGUGAUUUAAAUGGAAUAACCUCAAAAUUGGAAUAUCUUCAAGAAAUCGGCGCAACAGCUGCAUGGCUUUCUCCCAUUUUCAAAUCACCCAUGGUUGACUUUGGUUAUGAUAUCUCAGAUUUUUAUGAAAUUCAACCCGAGUACGGAACAAUCGAUGAUUUAAGGAAACUAAUCGUCAAAGCGAAAUCACUUGGAUUAAAAAUUAUUUUGGAUUUUGUGCCAAACCAUUCCAGUAAUGAAAACGAAUGGUUUAAGAAAUCCGUCAAACGGGAGAGAGGCUAUGAGGACUUUUUCGUUUGGCAUGAUGGCUAUGAGAACCCGAAUGGAGGAAAACGACUGCCACCAAGUAAUUGGCUUCAGUCUUUUAGAGGAUCAGCUUGGGAAUGGAAUGAUGAUAGAAAACAAUUCUAUCUACAUCAAUUUGCAGUUCAACAACCGGAUUUGAACUAUCGCAAUCCAUUGGUUGUUGAAGAAAUGAAGCGAGUUUUGCGCUUUUGGUUGGACGUCGGUGUUGAUGGUUUUCGAAUAGAUGCGGUUCCAAAUUUAUUUGAGGCUUUACCUAACAAUACUGGACAUUAUCCUGACGAGCCAAUCAGUGGAAAUACUGAUGAUAAAGAUAAUAGUGAAUAUUUGAACCAUAUUUAUACUCAAAACCAGCCAGAAACUCUUGACAUGGUAUAUCAAUGGCGUACCGUAAUGGAUGACUAUCAACGAAUUCACGGUGGUGAGACCAGAGUUUUGUUAAUUGAAACUUACUCACCUGCUUGGUUCACUAUGCAAUUGUAUGGAACCAGCUCUAGACAGGGUGCACAUUUACCAUUUAAUUUUAAUUUGAUUCGAAUGUUAACAAAGGGAUUCAAAGCAACAGAUCUAGAAAAAAGUAUUGCUGCUUGGUUGGAUAAUAUGCCUGCAGGAAAAACAGCUAAUUGGGUUACAGGAAAUCAUGAUAAUCGACGUGUUGCAAGUCGAUAUGGAAUUCAAGUAGCUGAUACCUUAAAUAUGUUAGUUAUGAUACUUCCAGGUGCAAGUAUUACCUAUCAGGGUGAAGAACUUGGAAUGAUCGAUGGUGAAAUAUCUUGGACUGAUACCAAGGAUCCAGCUGCAUGCAAUUCUAACCCACAGAUUUAUGAGAAUUUUACAAGAGAUCCAGCACGAACACCUUUUCAGUGGGAUAGUAGUAGAAAUUCUGGUUUCUCUACUGCUGCAAAAACCUGGCUUCCACUUGCUUCAGGUUAUGAAACAACAAAUGUUGAAGAAGAACGAAAGAUAACUAAAAGCCAUUUAAAUAUUUACAAAGCUUUAGUUAAUCUUCGAAAAUCAAGUAAAUUACUUCAAAAUGGAAAAUACCGAUUUAAGGCUCUACAUGAAGAUGUAUUUAUACUGGAGAGAUCAUUAGCCAGUGGUGAAAAAUUAAUAUUCUUAGCAAAUGUUGGCGGCUCUCCAUUUACAGUCGAUUUGAGAGUCUUUGAUGUUACACUACCGGAAACUCUGAAGACCUCAAUCAUUAAUGUGCAGUCAAACAAAGGCGAUGGAGUUGUCUUAUCAUCGGGAAACAUAGAACUCAUCGCAUAUGAAGCCUUAGUUUUAGUAAAAUCCUAACAACAGAUUGUCAAAAUAAAACAAAUAAAUAUUAUGUACCUAUACUAUUAUUAUUAUGCAAAAUAAAAAUAUUUAGAGCCCCCGCA